UUUACAUACAUUUCCUAAAAGUUUGGGAAUUACCGUUUAUAAACAGAGCCUGAAACACAUCAACAGAUAUAUAUGUAGUUCUAUAUUGAGAAAAUGUUAACGGAAAAGGAAAAAAUGCAUUGCAUGUCAAUCCUGGAAUUGGUUAGUGAUGAAGACAUCAUGUCCUUGGCUCAGACUUCAACUAAUCGUAGCGUUGAUGUAACUGACCGCAGUGAGGCUGAGAAAGCUAUUUUAGCAUAUACUGAAACACUGCAGGAGUUUUUCAAACGCAGAAAAAUAAGCAAGGAAAUUCUAUUAAAAUAUCUGUAUCAGAAUGGAUACCCUAUCACUCGAAAUGCUGAAAAGGACAAAAUAGCUUCUGACAUUAUAGGAUAUUGGCAAACAGAUAUAAAGCCACAUCAACCGCCGAAGAUUCAACAAGAGCAAAAACCUGUUUACAAUUAUAGUCCAACAAGCAUAACAAUCAAUCUGAACAUGAAUUAUUCAACCAGCCCCGAGUCUAGCUCCGCCAGCCUAAGAUCUGAUGAGCAGUCAAGUGCGCAAGCGUUUGUUUCAUGGUUUUACGACAUGCUCAACUCGUGCAACCCUUUUCUUAAUAAACCACCACAAGAUUUUGGGCCACACCACUUUUGGAGUAACGCCCAGCUGUUUCUCAUCAUGAACACAGCUUCCUCCAAAGUUGAAGACCAGAUAGAGGGUAAUGUUCAAGUUAGCCAGCGCUUGCUUCAGUUUCCACAACAGCAGUCUCUAAUAUUUUCCCCUAACCUGAGUGCCGAAGGAGUGCAAGUUAAGACAGAUCCCCACGGCUUGAAGCUUAUUCUAGUCUGUGGGACUUUACACCUAACCAACAACUGCAUUGGUGUCUUUCAGCAAAGUUUUGGAUUAGUUCGAGACCCUGUGGUACCAGACCAUUGGAAAAUUAAAAUAAUGUGCCUGAAAAUGGAGGAACAGCAAGCUCUAACAAUACCAACGUUGAAUGAGUGUGAAGGUGUUGCUGCGAUAGAAGGACACACAGUCAGAGUUUUACAGCAGUCAUUGGCUGAUACGUAAAUUCUAUUGCUUUAUCAGAGGUUUCUAAACUUUGUUAUCAUGCCUCCAUUUAGCUAAACUUUUGGCACCUUUCCCAUACUUUAUUUUAUACUAUAGUACAAAAAAUGUUCAUGGACAGAAUUUAUACAUACAGUUAAAAUGAUAUUGUUUUAAUAUGACGGAUUUGCUUUUUUUUUUCUAUUAAUAUAAAGAUAUUCAAAUUAACUGUUUUUGUCCUUCCUAAAUGGGUAAACAUUUAAUUUUCAUUAUCUCAUCCAGAAACUUGACUCUUGGAUAUUAUGUUACAGGUACUGAGAUACUCAAAACAUGUGUUUAGCUUAACUAAAGAUUUGAUUUACAAUGACAUAUUUUAAGUUCCAUUGAUCAAAAAUUGAACAUUAAAACAAUGAAAUUUUUAUUUCAGUAAAUUUGACCUAUCAACAUUCUUUUUUUUUUUCAAACAAUGUAAAAUUAAGUAAAAUUAAAUUAGCUAACUACUGAAAUGUUCAGUUAACAUUUUGUGUUUGACUUUAUAUGACUGACAGUUAAAGUUAAAACUCAUCUAGCUCUAACUUAUUUUAUUUUAAUAAUGCCAUUUCUCAAAUAUUUCAAUUAUUGAUUUAUCACCCAUAUACAAGUUUGAUGUUUCAUAAUGAAGAAGACACACUGUCACAAACCUAUUAUGUAGUUGGUUAGGGUUGUUCUUUUUAGUUUUGUAGACCAUGUGAUACGUACUUAACUACUUAUUGAAACUAUUGCACCAAAUCUUGCAUAAUACAUGCAGUAUUUCUACUUCAAUAAGUUAUAAUUUUUCCUGCAGAAUUCCAAAUGUGUAUUGUAGCUAACAAUACUAACAUGUAUAUAUCACUGAAAUGUUUAAAUUUCUUUUGUUUAUUUAUUUUUUAAGAAAAGUUGCCACCUUCUUCUUUGUUUAAUGCUCCACACAGCACUAGUCAGCACCUCCCUGUUUGGACUGCAUUCAAUUAUUAUGCAUUUUUAAAAAAAAUAUUAGCCUCACCCUAUAUUGAUUUUUUAAAAUAAUUUUCUUACAUAAAUAUAUUAGUGUUUUUUUUUUUAGUUUCAGUAGAUUGUGGUUAAACACAAUUAUAAGCCUCCAGCAUUUCUGUGUAAAUAAUUUAUCCUUAAACUAUUAAAUAGUUUUUACAAACAGUAUGUAAUCUGCUUAUGUAGGUGCAUAGUGACUCACUUGACUUUGACUUAGCCCUCUUUGCUCUUUGUGGUAUAUAGAGCUUCCACCAUACCCUUAUUUGCAUAUUGAGUGCAGUACAUUUUCACUACUGAUGUGUGAAUAAUAUGUAUAAUGUUUUAAGUUAUUUGUUCUUUAAAUUUGAACUAAAAAAACCAAGAAGCAAGCUAUGAUGUUUUAAUGCUUCUUUUACACAUUUUAAGAGGGAAAUUGGUUUUCAUGCAGUAAGAUAGUUUACAUCAUUUGAAAUUUAUCUGACAAAGCUUCUAUUGAAUAAACAUGUGUUUUUUUUUCAAGGUAUCUGACUACAGUAUGUAAAUUGUGUUGUUUUAUUAAUAUAAAAAAAUUCAUCUUAUGGUAAGAAAAAUUGUAUUCAUUGUUCUGUUUAAUAAUUUUCUGUUUAAGAAAAAAGAAUUGUUAAACUCCUUUCAUCUACAAAUACAGAACCAUGUUUUCUUAAGAA